AAUCCAACCCGGUGAGAAAUAAUUGCACUUUUAGGAUGUAAUUUUCCUUGCAUCGUAGAGGUACAGAGAACCAAGGAGUUCUGCUACAGGACCUCGACAAAUAAAGCCAAAUUUUGUGAAGAAUGGGAUCCAUUGUGAGGAGGCGGAAUGUCCGUGAUUGACCAGCUGAAGGGCGGCUAAUUUUUUUUAAAAGGGGAUACUGAGCUCGGUCUUCGGACAGCAAUCAUUUAAGGUGGUUUCGAUGGUUGAACAAGCGCUAGAGUGCAUCUGUCCUCUAUUAUUAGACUUGAUUAGCUCCUGUGGUCUUUUCCCGCUGCCAAAACUAACACAGAGUCGACAAACCCCCGAACAUGGCCGAUCCGCAAUAAGAGUUCAAGGCAUUUCGAAUGUUUUCAAAUAAUUCCCGUGACUUCCAAAGAAAAUAACAUUUUAGGGGCAGAUAAAGAAUCCAACAAUUUGACGUCACUGACCAGCUAACAAGUUCUGGCGCCUUAGCUCAGCACUUGGCAUAAGGUCAUGGAAAAUCCUUUGUUCUUGCGCAGGGCCAACAAAAUAUAUAAAAUGUUACGGAAGGUUCUCCGUUAUAUGAAAAAUGAUGGCAGAGGUGGCACAUCAUGACGGUGCCAAAUGCCCAGCACUGGCUAAGUGCCGGGUUAAGCGGGUAUGGGGAUUUCUUUAUUGUCCAUAGGUAUGGAUUUAUAUUGCAUUCUCCAUGGGCUUUAUCCAAGAUAUAUAAUAUCAUGAGAUUUCGCCCUGAUCGUUUGGUUGGCCCAGAUAUUGAGGUCAAAGAGCGGAUAUUUUCAUUCAGCAAUUGGACAACAACAGAUUCUCUCCUUUCGAAUAAUUCCACCACGACAUAACUUCAGAUUGGAUGAAUUUGGCUUCAAAACCAUGGUAGUUCAAGAAUCUGGAGAUCCCAUUCGAAUGCUGGUUCUGGAGACAGAUUCGCCACAUCCAGAAGUCAAGGAGAAUAAGGGUGGAUAUAGUGAUAUCCUAAAUUCAUUAUUUAAACAGGCUGGAAAAGAGCAUGAUCCACCAUUGGAAAUAGAGACAGAAAUGCACUAUGUUGUCGAUGAUCCUGAAAAUGGUCAUUACGGGCAUUCUCUCAAGGUUUCCGAUAUCGAUCCAUCUAUCAACGCAAUAUUGAUCACAGGAAGCAUGUACGAUGCUCAUGGGGCCAAUCCAUGGAUCAAAGAAUUGCUACAGUUUUUGCGAACCUUGUGGAUUGAACGGAAGGAUCUGAAGUUUAGUGGUGUUUGUUUCGGUCACCAGAUAUUGUCACGAGCACUGGGGGCAAAAGUGGAACAAGAACCAGCCGGAAACUGGGAAUUGGCACAUACGGAAAUGGAUCUGACUCCUGUUGGGCAAAGAUUGUUCAAGACGAAAGACAAAAAGCUCAGUCUACACCAAAUGCAUCAAGAUCAGGUGACUACCGUGCCAUCGGCGUCGACAACUGAAUUGCUCUCCGAAGAUGACAGAGUUGAGGUCUGGGCCAGUACGGAACAUACAAAGAUUCAAGGUCUGUACUUGAGGGAGAGGCUGUUUACCAGUCAGGGACAUCUGGGUUUUGAUGAACAAGUUGUACAUCGUGAGAUUGACAUGCGUGUUGAGAGUGGCGGAAUUGAGGAUAAGAACGUAGCUGAGCAAGGAAAAGACACCGCGCAUCUAAAACACGAUGGGCUCACAGUCGCUGGCGCAAUUUUGAGGUUUUUCUAUGGAGACGAUCGGGAUAUUCAAGGAAGGAAGUCAGAGCAAAGCUAGCGGAAAUUCAUCCAGCCUCGUCGUUUUGAAUCUAUGCGCUUUAGUUUAAUCUUCGAGGUCGUUUGUCGCCAUGUGCCGAUUCAAAAUCACAUUUUUGGUCAUUUACCACUAAUACGGGGAUUUGAGCAUUCCGCUGCACCAGUGGAAUUAUUGUGUAUCUGUGUACACCAGGCUUCCGGAACAUCCUGAAGAGCAGUGAGUUGUGGUGAUCAACCCCGUGAUGUCAGCAGUAUAAUUGGAGAAUGGAUAUGCAUCAUCCGGUAAGCCAAAUCUCGUCUUUAUCCUUUAUCUCAUCUAUGUAACCAAAGGAUCUUGCUGGUGUCCUCUUAGAGAAAGCCAAUCAUAUGCGCCGAGGAUUGGUGUAAAGGUAUCGUAAUAUCAUUGGUCAUAGAAAUAAGAUCCGGUAGUCUUUGAGAUCAAAAAUAGAUGGAUACUACGACGGUGACAACCUGAACCAUCGUAUUGGAAAGCUACACCACGCAGCGUUACAGCCAAAUCCAAGCUUAAAUAAGUCGACAUCGUCAACGUUACAUAAGACAACUUGAGAAGUUUUAGCUCUUUUCAAUUUUUCCGCAGCUUCCCUCAGAGCAUGACAUCAAGAAGUCAAGGCACCCAUUUACCUAAUA